UCUUAUUAUUAUAUGGAGGGAAAGGGCUAAACCAUCUGUUAGCGCCGUCCGGGAGUCUGCCCUUCUUCCGCCACCCUCUGUGUAAUCCCCCAUCUCCAAAACCCUAGCCCAAAGAUGGAUCAGGAGAGGCUUAGGAAGAUUGCCAGUGCAGUUCGCACCGGUGGAAAGGGUACCGUGAGAAGAAAGAAGAAGGCAGUUCAUAAGACCACCACAACUGAUGACAAAAGGCUCCAGAGCACCCUAAAGAGAAUUGGGGUGAAUGCCAUUCCUGCCAUUGAGGAGGUCAACAUUUUCAAGGACGAUGUGGUUAUCCAAUUCAACAACCCGAAGGUUCAAGCAUCUAUUGCUGCAAACACCUGGGUUGUUAGUGGUUCUCCUCAAAUAAAGAAAUUGCAGGACAUCUUGCCUGGUAUCAUCAAUCAAUUGGGGCCAGAUAAUUUGGACAACUUGCGAAAAUUAGCUGAGCAGUUCAAACAGCAAGUACCUGGAGCAGGUGUUGAUGUUGAUGCAAAGAAUGUAGAAGAGGAUGACGAUGAGGUUCCAGAUCUUGUUGAUGGGGAGACUUUUGAAGCUCCCGCAGAAGAAAAUCGUUGUUCUUAGAGAAAUCCCUUUGGGAAAGGAGUGUUUUUGUGGCGUUUUAUACUUGUUACUACUAGAAUUGGUUGAGACAAGUUUUUAUGAAUUCGAUCCAUCAUUCUUAAAUUUUAUCAUAAUAUCUCUAAACCACCCGUUCUCUUUAUGAUGAGGAGGAACGUUACGUUA